AAUUUGACAGCUUUAUCGUGUUGAAACUCAUUCCACAUUUGCCAUAAACCCGAAAGAUAUUGUAGAAUUUAUUCGUACAUUAAAAAUUUUACAAAUGGCGUUAUCUUGUCCCCUCCCACCCGGCGGAUGUACCUCCCACUUCAACUCAAUUCCCGACUUUUGCUGCGCCAAGCGAGCCUUUGACGAGAGGGGGGUGCGAAAUCUGAUUAACGAAUUUAAGCGAAUCUUCCUCUACCACGACGUGCAGGACGAGUUCGGACUGAUCAUGAACCAUCGCCACUUUCUCCUCGAAGAGAACGAAAUCCUUGUGGAAACUUUGAAGCAAGAUGGAAACAUUAGCGUCGCUUUUCCGUGGAGGGUCAAAGACGGUGAAGCCCACCCGACCCCGAAUUCGGAGUGGGAUCAGCACAAUUUAACGAGAAAAGAGUUCAUCGUCCCACAAACGUGGAAAUUUUAUCAGGACGGGAGUCUAAUCCCGUACGAAUUUUUGGCGUCCGAUUCCCCUCAGCCUGAGCUAAGUCGACCAUUUGUGGCCGAAUUGUUUGAAGUCAUGCGGCUGCACGGGGUCCAGGACGCGUUGGGACUUCGCCGUCUCGAUGGCGACAGAAACGAGGAGGCAUUUGAAGUCACUCCGGAAGGACGUCGGGUCAGCAUCACCACGAUGGGACGCAAACCUGAAGAAAUUACUGCUGAAAUGUCCACCGGUGCGGUGGGUAAGGUUUUGUGGUAUUUUACAAAAGAUGGCAAUACAGAGGAAGCAAUGGGCUGUAGUAGAUGCGGAACUUGCAUAUUUUGUUGGAAUUUUAUUGCAAUGCCAAACGAACAAGUGACUUAAAUUCAAAUAAAUGUUUGUGGUGAUAAGUACUAUCUUUUUAUGAAGGUAAAUGGAAACAUUCUACAAAAAGGUUUGGGUAAUUAUUAAAUAUUUGUAUUCAUGUACCCUUCCAAUUUAACGUUGUAAGCUAAUAAAUAUCUAUAACGCUUCUAAUUUUUAACCAUGGUAGUUUCAUACAAAUUGGAAUAUGUAUGUAUGUAGGGAUAAAAUGUAUGUUCAUAGCGGUUGGAUUUGUUUAAUCGUUUAAGUUUUAGGGAGAAAGUUCAAUAAAGUUAUAUUUAAAGAAAUUUAAAGAAUUUUUAUAUGAAGAUAUGCUGAAAUAAUUGUUUAAAAAUAUCGAAAUGAAGAUAUAUUAGUUAGUAGAUAUAGUUAGUUAGUAACAUAUUUGUAUAUUGUAUGUGUCACUCGUGGAAGAGCAUGGUUUGUUACUGUGAACUUGGUAGACACUUGAAUAAAGCAUAAUCAAUCAAUCAAUCAAU